AUGAAGAUACAUAUUGCGAUUCUGUUUUGGGUGGUCUUUUUCACGGGCACAUGGGCUACAACAUGCACCAAGUCCAACGCCGUUUCCUUACUUGACUAUACUAAAUCAAUGAAGGAGACGAACCGAGAAACAACCUGCUUUCUAUGCAAGUUAGGCGCAUGGACAACCGUUUGCCAAGAAAUGUGCCGCCCUAUAAAGCGAGAUAUUGAGAUACCUAAUAUUGCACCUCGGGCAACCCAAAUUUCAGUGUUCGAGAAACAAUAUACGGUUAACUUAUUCUCUGGUAUCGCAGGCCAGUCUAAUGAUGUUUGUACAUAUUUCGAUCAAUAUUUGCUAUGCUUCAGCCCGAGUACAAUGAUUAUUUACGACAAUGAAUCAAGAGUAAACCUUCUCACAGGAGAAGUAGUUUACGCCAACGGGACUCGCACAAACAUAUAUUCCACCAUUGGAGGGCAGCCAACACCUACGUCUAUCCGCCCAACGACAGCAGCAAUUUCUAGAGCCACCCAAGCGGCAGGUACCGCGUCCACCGCUUUAAUUUCGCCUACAUUAAAGCCUACCCAGAAUAGUAGUUCACCUUCUCUAAUAUUUAAACUGUCUUCGUUUAUUCCUAUAUGGCCCCUAAGAGCCUUCUCUACCUUUUAUCAAGAGGUGAGCCUCGGGCAUUUAAGCUCCCGCUGA